CUUAGAGGUCUAUAUCAGCCUCGACCUUGACGCGGGCCUCUCUCUCUAAAAAUCAAAUUAAAACAAAGUCUUCACUCUCCGGCGGUCGGGUCGCUGCUACGGAACACAGCGUCUCUCUCGCUCAACACUUAAUUGAGCUCUCUUGCAUAGAUACAUGGCUAACAAGCACACCAUCAUUCUUAUGCAAACUUCUCAGAACAAGGCUUCUAGAACUUUUAUGGAUUAUGGUUCAAUCACUCAGGCGAUGGAUGGUAUAUGUGGACUAUAUGAAAGGAAGCUCAGGGAGUUGAAUCCAGCAAUUAGAAAUAUCUCUUAUGACAUUGGAGAUCUGUAUAAUUUUAUUGAUGGCCUUGCUGACAUGAGUGCUUUAGUCUAUGACCACUCAAUUCAAGCUUAUCUGCCAUAUGACCGACAAUGGAUUAAGCAGCGGACACUCCGCCAUCUACAGAAACUGGCACAUUAAGAGCGUAUUUGGGUAAUGAUUGCCUGAAAAGUGUUUUAUAAGAGGAAUGGCUAUUUAUACACUUGAUUUGAGACAUCUGAGCUUUGCAGCUGGUCUGUACUGUUUCCCUUUGUGCACGUAUCUUUAAAUUAGUCGUCACUUAAAAGCAACUUUUGUUGCCUGGCUAGUUUUUGUACUCUGUUUGCUUAUUGUUGUGAGACACUGGACAGUGUAUGAUCUAAUUCUGUACUUCGUUGUUUUAUAAUAUAGGAAAGAGUUUAUCGCGGUUACAA